CGGAACCAAGCACACACACACACACACACACACACGUGUGGGGUAAAGCUGGCAUUCAACGCAGUUCGUGCUCUUCUGAAUAUCACCAAACGCAGUGCCUGUGUCAAACUCUGGUGCACGAGGAGGUGUCUGCGAGUGUUUGAGACGAGACGUGUUUCCGGGUUCCACGUCUCCUUCUCGCCUCCUCGCCUCCACAAACACUUUGCUCUGAUGGCUGAGUCUGAGCCUGUGCAAGUCGGAGAAAAAAGAGGCUGUCCAGAGGAUGAAAAGGACGACACACCGUCAAAGAAACUAAGAGUUGAGAAGGAUCAAAAGAAUGGAAGCCCGGACCGCCACGAUGGAGAUGGAGAGGGAGAGCGAGAGGGAGAGGAAGAGCCCGCAGGCAAAGCAAGUGAUGGGGAGGAGGAGGUUGAGACCUUUGCUGAUAUGAUGAAGCAUGGCCUCACUGAGUUGGAUGUGGGCAUCCUGAAGUAUGUCAGUGACCACGAGGGCUUCUCCGGAAUCCUGAAGGAAAGAUAUUCUGAUUUCGUGGUCCAUGAAAUCAGCAAACAGGGCAAGAUUCUGCAUUUAGAUGACCUCACUCUCCCUCCAGAGGCCGAGGAAGUCCCAGAAGUUCAACCGCAGCCAGAGGAGUAUGACGUGCUGACUGAAGAGCAGAAGACGCAGCUGGAGAAGCUGCAGCUCUACAAGAAUAAAGAGGACGACGUCUCCAUUGAGGUGGUGGAUGACACUAAAGAGAAGCGGACGUUGGUUCACAAAGCCAUCAAGACUCAUUAUCCUGGUCUGGAGACGAAGACUGAAGAAAAGGAAGGGCGCAAGUUCAUCGUGGCCUACCACGCUGCUGGGAAGAAGGCUCGAGCAGCUCCAAGGAAACACUCCUGGCCCAAAAACCGUGGCAGUUUCUGCCACUUUGUCCUGUACAAGGAGAACAAGGACACGAUGGAUGCCAUCAAUGUGCUUUCAAAGUUCCUCAGGCUCAGACCCAACAUGUUUUCCUACAUGGGAACCAAGGACAAGAGAGCCAUCACUGUGCAGGAGAUUGCAGUGCUCAAGAUCACAGCGGAGAGGUUGGCUCACCUCAACAAGUGCCUCAUAAACCUCAAGCUGGGAAACUUUUGCUACAAAAACCACCCUCUUAAGCUGGGAGAGCUGCAGGGAAACCACUUCACUGUGAUCAUCAGAAACAUCUCAGGGACAGAGGACCAGGUCCUUCAAGCCAUGACAUCCCUCAAGCAGACGGGCUUCAUCAACUACUAUGGCAUGCAGCGCUUUGGCACCACAGCUGUGCCUACACAACAAGUUGGCAAGGCUAUCUUGAAAAACAACUGGAAAGAGGUUGUGGAUUUAAUUCUGAAGCCUCGUCCUGGAGCGGAGAAAGAAUUCAUGGUCCGCUGCAGAGAGGAGUGGGCAAAGACUCAGGACCCAGAGGCUGCCCUGAAAAAGCUGCCCAACAAGCGAUGUGUUGAGGGGCAGCUGCUGCGGGGCCUGUCUAUGUACGGCAAGAAGAACAUCGUCACUGCUUUUGAAAUGCUCCCUCGUAACAACCGCCUGAUGUACAUCCACAGCUACCAGAGCGUUGUGUGGAACACCAUGGUGAGCCGGAGAAUCGAGGCCUUCGGCCUGAAGGCCGUGGAGGGGGACCUUGUGCUCAAAGGAACUGCAGCACACGCGCUGUCUGCAGAGGAGGCCGAGAGCUGCUCCAUCCAUGACAUUGUGAUGCCACUUCCUGGGUUUGAUGUCAUCUACCCCACCCAUCCCGUGGGUAAAGGAUACAGAGAGCUGCUCUCUGCAGACGGGUUGGACAUCGACAACAUGAGACACAAAGUGAGGGACUACUCUCUGGCUGGAGCCUACAGACGCAUCCUCAUCAGACCCACUGACGUCAGCUGGGAGGUGAUCCAGUACGACGACCCCAGGAUCUCACUGGUGCAUAGUGAUGUUGAGAUACUAGAGAACAAACCCGCUCCCGUCUUCAACAAAGAGGGGAAGUAUCGGGCUCUGCGGAUGGAGUUCUCCCUGCCUCCCUCAACCUACGCGACCAUGGCGAUCAGAGAGGUCCUCAAGUUGGACACGAGCAUCAAGAAACAGACGCAGCUCAAUACCACCUGGUUCAACUGAGACCAAAACGCACUCUGGCACACGCUGGACUGUUGUGUGUUUUUAAGUGCAUCAUGCGUGCCUCUGUGAGUGGGUGUGUUGGCUUCUGUGUGAAGCCAAAAGAUUAUUAAGAGCAACACUUUAUCGUUCAACUUUCUUCUCUUUUUUUAAAUGUUUUUACUUUCUCCAAAGUUUCCUUCUGUGCUGAGAUGACUGUUUAUUUUGACGAUGAUUUAAGUCUACUGUUUGCUGUCUCAUGCCUCAAUCUGCUGCCCCUUUUUUGUACAGAAAAACUUGGUUCUUUCUUUGUUUCGUUUUUUAACUUUGAGCUGAAUGUGUGAAUUGAAGAAAGAACUCUUUAAGAGAGAAAUAAACAAUGUUGAGUUGA